AUGACACAGCAGUGGAAAGAUCAACCAGAGGCUCGCGUAUCCAUGGAAGAAUUCGCGCCGAUUUACAAAAAUGUGAAAAAAGAAGUGGGUGUGCCACCUAAACCGGAAGAGUUUCAGAAUCUUCUCGCUCACUUCGAUCGGGAAGGAGCCGGCAUCGUGAUGUUACCCGAUCUUCGAUAUAUGCUUCAGAAUUCUGGUGAGAGGAUGUCUGGCCGUGAAGUGGAUCUACUGCUGAGCAAUAUGGAGAUCAACGAGGGGAAGGUACCAAUCGUCGACUUCGUUCGAAUGAUAAUGUCAUGUACUGUUAGGAUUCUCGAGUAA